CUGCAGCUCGCAUGUGCAGCAGGUGAACGCUGUACCCACAAUGCAAAGCUAUGCUAGCUGGUCCCUAGCAGAGAGAGCAGCCUGCGAGGAAAAACAACAACAGGCUACUUUACGAAGACAGCAGCUGCAUGGAGAGCGACAACAACGACGACCAGGAGUCCACACAUGCAUUUGUAUUCUCGUACACCAAAUGCAUAUUAGCCUUAUAAUGUGAGUACUGUAGCUCAUUUAGUGUUCCUCACCAGCUGAAGUUGCAUUUUAAGGAGAAAGUGUUUGCAGGCUAGCUGGCUAGCUCGCCAGCUAUCUGCUCCUCUAUGUGUGAGUGUCUUCCUCCGGCAGCAGCGGCAGCAGCGGUGCCAUGAACAGUGGACUCCCAGCUUCAGCUGCUCCGCUCGGGGGUGUCGGGAUACCCAAUGUCAAAGUGAAAUUCUGUCGAUAUUACGCGAAAGAUAAAACCUGUUUUUAUGGAGAGGAGUGUCAGUUCUUGCACGAGGAUCCGUCCAUGGCUUCCCUGCACGGAGGCGGCGGUAGCCCCGUCCCGUUGUCCAUGGCCGGGGGUGGCGGGACGCCAGCGGGGUAUCCCCUCGGUGGCUCCGCGGCGGCCUGCCCCGGCGGAGGGACAGGUGUGCCCAAGAAGAGCGAACCGCUGGGGCCUGCAGGCACGUCUCUGGAGGGGCAGCUGUUAACCAUCCCAGGGAUGGAGGGCACAACCCUGAGUGAUGCCAAUCUCACCAACUCUUACUUCAGCAGCAGCUUUAUCGGGGUCAAUGGGUUUGGAAGCCCCGCUGAGUCAAAAUACUCCAUGAUGCAGCGAAUGACGACCAGCAGCAGCUCUCCCAGUCUCCUAAAUGAUGGUGCCAAGAACUUUAGCCACGGCACUCAUGAUCCAGUGAAUUCCCCAACAUCCUCACUGUUCAGUGAUUUUGGUGCUCUUAGCAUUUCCCAAAGGAGAAAGGCUCCUAACCCGGCAGCAAGUGAGUUCAUUCCGAAAGGAGCUCCACGAAUGCCCACCAUGGCUCAGUCCACUGUCCAGGCCUUCCCCUCCCCUAUCUUCCCACAUCCAGGCCUCAGCAGCUCCACAGCUGCUGCACUGGCUCCAGGCAUGUCCCUGUCUGCUGGGUCUUCGCCUCUCCAUUCCCCAAAAAUCACGCCACACAGCUCACCUGCUCCCCGUCGGCGCAGCCACACCCCAAACCCGGCGAAUUACAUGGUGCCCACCACUGCAGCUGACCCGAAUACUCAUAUAAUCCAGAAAGAGACUGUAGGGGGGACCACCUACUUCUACACAGACAACACGCCAGCACCAAUGGCUGGGAUGGUGUUUCCUACCUACCAUAUCUACCCCCCCACUGCUCCCCAUGUGGCUUACAUGCAGCCAAAAGCGAACGCCCCAUCCUUCUUCAUGGCUGAUGAGCUACGACAGGAGUUGAUAAACAGACAUCUGAUUACCAUGGCUCAGAUUGACCACUCAGAAAACCCAGAUGUACCAGCAGAGGUGGACAGCUACCACAGCCUGUUCCCCCUUGAGCCCCUCCCCCCUCCAAACCGCAUGCAGAAGACCAGCAACUUCAGCUACAUCACCUCCUGCUACAAGGCGGUCAACAGCAAGGAUGACCUGCCGUACUGCCUGAGGAGGAUACACGGUUUCCGCCUUGCCAACACCAAGUGCAUGAUGCUGGUGGACAUGUGGAAGAAGAUUCAGCAUUCAAACUCUGUGACACUGAGGGAGGUCUUCACCACAAAGGCCUUUGGAGACCACUCGUUGGUGUUCUCCUACGACUUCCAUGCGGGUGCAGAAACCAUGUACAGCAGACACUUCAAUGACCCAGCAGCAGACUCAUACUUCACCAAGAGGAAGUGGGGACAACAUGAACCUCCCCCUCCACGGCAGCAUGCAGGCCUGCUCCCUGAGUCUCUGAUCUGGGCCUACAUCGUACAGCUGAGCUCGGCCCUGCGCACCAUCCACACUGCCGGCCUGGCCUGCCGUGUCAUGGACCCCAGCAAGAUUCUUAUUACUGGCAAGACCAGGUUACGGGUGAACUGUGUUGGGGUGUUUGAUGUCUUAACUUUUGACAACAGUCAGACGAAUCAUCUUGCCCUGAUGCCACAGUACCAGCAAGCGGACCUCGUGUCGCUGGGCAAGGUGGUGCUGGCGUUGGCUUGUAACUCCCUGGCUGGCAUUCAGAGGGAGAACCUGCAGAAGGCCAUGGAGCUGGUGUCCAUCAACUACUCAUCAGACCUCAAGAACCUCAUUCUGUAUCUGCUGACUGAACAGUCACGUCUUCGCAGCGUCAAUGACAUCAUGCCCAUGAUCGGAGCUCGGUUCUACACACAGCUGGAUGCGUCGCAGAUGAGGAAUGAUGUCAUUGAGGAGGACCUAGCUAAGGAGGUGCAGAACGGACGUCUCUUCCGCCUGCUGGCCAAACUGGGCACCAUCAACGAGCGACCAGAGUUUCAGAAGGACCCAACAUGGUCAGAGACGGGCGACCGCUACCUGUUGAAGCUUUUCCGGGAUCACCUGUUCCACCAGGUGACAGAAGCCGGGACACCCUGGAUCGACCUCAGCCACAUCGUCUCCUGCCUCAACAAACUGGAUGCCGGCGUUCCUGAGAAGAUCAGUCUGGUGUCUCGGGACGAGAAGAGCGUCCUGGUCGUGACCUACUCAGACCUGAAGCGCUGCUUCGAAAGUACCUUCCAGGAGCUGCAGGCUGCUGCCUCUGGCUCUCUGUAGCGCCUCCUUGGGGCCAGGAAUGGGACUGCCCGGACCUGGAGCACACUAUUGCACUACAGGGGGAGGACCAGGCGCAUGGAGAUGACAUCAGCAUGGCGAAGGCAGCGGGGCGGGGCUUCGUGAACCUCAGUCACAUACACUGACCUUGUCCACCAGGAAGGCUUUUUCUAAAGUGUAUUUUUUUUAGUUUUCCUAAACCCCGCAGCUGAAAAAUGUAAAAGGAACAAAAAAAGGACAAACGUGGAAGCUGUGAUGAACGAUUAUGAGGACAUUUUUUUAGAUUUGGGGAACAAAACGAGAAACAAAUCAUGAGGUUUUGAACAUUUUCCUGCUUUUAUUGUUUAUUUCUACAGUGGGGGUUAUUUUUCAGAGGAGGAUGCACUAAGAUUUUAAUUUUUUUGUUAUUUUUUGUUAUUUUUAUGAACACGUGUGCGUGGCCUACAUGGUGUACUGAGAGCGAACGUCACACACACGGACACCAACACCAGAGUAGACUAAGAAUGAAAACAAACAAAAAAAA